GCUUCGAGACGCGGAUCCGAGGAGAGGUGGCGCGGGCCGCGCCCCGGAGCGCGAGUCCAGGGCUGCCGCCGCCGCCGCCGUCGGCCGAGCCCGCAGCGGGGGCGGGAGGCGGGAGGCGGGGGCUGGUCAUCCCCCGAGUCCACGGCCAAGCCGGACUCCACGCGCCCCUCGGCGCCCCGCCCGGGGGCCGAGCCCCUGCGGGGUGCAGCGGGCUCGGCACCGCUCCCACCGGGUCGGGUUGGCGACCGGACUGGCGCACGGCUGCGGACGAGACCCCGGGACCAGACCCGGAGCCGGACCUUAGUGCUUCCGCGGGCGCGGAGAGCGGGGCUGGGGGACGGGCGCCAGGGCCGCCCCUGACGCCGGGCGCCCCUGCAGACCGGAGGGACCGCCCUUCUCAGGUUCGCGCUGCCCUCGGGCGCGACGGCCACCAUGACUUCAUCCCCGCUGGGCUCGCCGGGCUGCCCGCGCCGGGACCAAGCCUGACCCUGGCGCGCGAUGGCUGCGCCCAAGACGUGUGACGGGGGCCGCAUGGCCUCCACCCUGCGCUACUGCAUGACGGUCAGUGGCACGGUGGUUUUGGUGACCGGGACACUCUGCUUCGCCUGGUGGAGUGAAGAAGAUGCAGGUACCCAGCCUGGCCAGCCGGCCCCGCCCACUGGACCCCCCAAGCCUCAGGCCCCCGGUCCCCUGCUCAGGUCGAUCAGCUUCUUCUGCUGCGGUGCAGGCGGCCUGCUGCUGCUCUUCAGCCUGCUGUGGUCCGUCAAGACCAGCACCCAGGGGCCGCCUCGAUGGUACCCAUAUCGCCUCUCCAGAGACCUGUACUACCUCACUGUGGAGCCCCUGGAGAAGGAGAGCUGCAGGAGCCCUGAGGUGGUUGCCAUCCCCACUUAUGAGGAGGCUGUGCACUGCCCACUGGCUGAGGGGCCCCCGACACCGCCUGCAUACUCUGUGGAGGAAGACCUGCAGUACAGUGCCUCGGGGGGUGCCCCGCUUGGGGCCCAGCCCCCCUUGCCUCCGCCCAGCUACAAGAGCCUCAUCCUCGCUGCUGGUGGCAUCUCUGGAGGGACGAUACCUGGGGCUGCAGGUCCAGGCCCAGUUCAGACUGCAGGGGAAGAAGAUAAUGGCCUCCUAGCAGGCCCGGAAGCUGGAAACAAAUGA